UAUCUCAGCAACAAAGCACCAUGGGGAUGAACCAACUUAGGGUAUUUCACUACUCACUGAGGUCUACAAGAUACAAGUAGUCCGAGUUCAAAAGCGAUUUAUAACCUCAAGAGGUUCCCUCGUCAGCGGAAUCGAUGACCUAUACUAUAUUUCAGUUGUGAUCGAGCUUCCCUCAGAUUAUCUUACACCAUUUCUGGAACUUCGAUGCCUUGCUCAAACAGUAACAGAUGAACAGUCUGAAGGACUCUCAUUUUCUAGAAGACACUCUGGGCUAUCUACCCUUAUAAGAAAAAUAUAUUUCUAUUUUAAAUAUUUUAAAUUCGAACGAGUUUUUCAAAGAUUCUUUCAAAGUUCUACCUUUAAAAUAGAUCCGUGAGUUUUUUCUCUUUACUAAAAAAACGUCGCUUAGUCUUCUGCGAAAAUCGUAAGUCUCUAUCAACUUUCGUUUUAACGUUAUCCAAAAAAUAUCCCAGAGCCUUCAUUUUAAGUUUUUGACCUGCUUCGUGAGCAGAUUGUAUAAGAGGGGAGAUCCUGGUGAAUGUACUUGAUCUAAGCACUUGAUUAGUUGCCGAGUAAUUGAGAAAUACUACAAGUUUCCUCACUUAGUAAGGCCUAGAACAAGACCUUGGUAAGUGUUUUUACUUUCCAAAUUCUUGUUUAAGUACUCAUCGGGUAUCUCACUUGAUUCGAUUCAGACAAAUACUUAGAGAAGUAAAUUACUCUUUUGUUAUGCAUGACAAGUUGCAUUAAAUGUUGCAUCGUCAGUUAGUAUAAACAAAAAUGCAAACUAAUGCAAUGAAUUGCCAAAGUACCAUUCAUCAGUUAAGCGCCUGGCUCAAAUACAUUCAUCAGGGCAUAGUUAGAAGUGUUCACUUAAGAGUGCCAACGAUUUCAAUUUUGAACCGGAACUGUCAGGGCUCCUGUUCUACGUUAUAAAGUUAUCAAAAUGCUAUAGUGUCUGUUGCGUCAACGCGCAAUAGUUUUCCAGAAAAUUUCUAUCGUUCAAAUUUUAAAUUGGUUCUCGUUUAAAUUUCAUAUUGUAGGUAGAAUGUGAGACUGCACUGUACCACGACGAGAGAAAUUUUUUUCUCUUUUGUGGGCUCUUCUUUUUAUUAUUAAAAAAUUGAACGUACAAAUACUUACAUUUUUGAUCAUUGUAACUUUUGGUCAUGUUCGCUUUGAAGUAACCGACAAAUGAAUAUUGCUUUACUUUGUAUCUAACGUACCUGCUAAUAUGAAACUUAUAGCACAUCAAAAUAGUAUAUAUUUUCUCUUUUUCGCAUUAUGUUCAACUCAGCAUUUCUAGGACGGUAUAGUUUAUUAUAGAUUUUUUUUUCCUGUACGUGUCAGAUUAUAUCAUCGUUUUUUAAUGUGUAUAUAUUAAUAUGAAUAUAUUUCAUUUGCGCAUAAUUGUCCUUCAUAUAUGCACAUACUACAUCGUAUAAUUUGAUAGUAACCUCUUAUUUUACACGAUAAAAAGUUUAUUUAUUUCUUAUUUGUUUGUAGAAUUCAACGGGAGAUGCAUUUAAUUCAGUUAAUGAUCUAUAUCAUGUUUCGUACAAAGAAUUUGAAAAACAAUUUGGUGAAUUAGUUCAUUGGUGUGAUAAAAUUUAUGAGACAAUUACAGAACUUUCAUCGAAUGCAUUGAGUCGAUAUCUACGUCAAAAAUAUUACGAGGAAACUUAUCAACAAGGAAGAAUACGUAUUAAAUCAUUUGAAAAUUAUGCUGAAAAAUUAGUUCAACGUUUUCCAGAUUUAAAAACAGGAAUCAUGACAAAAAUGAAAACAUUACAUGCACAAUGGCACGAUCUUGAAUUAGCUAUAUUAUCAUAUCUGGAUGAAGAUUUUGAUAAGAUAUUAAACGAUCUUAAUCACGAAUUAUUAAUGUUUGAAAAUUGGCUAAAUCAAACGGAAGACGAACUUUGGAAACUAGAAUUUAUUAAAGAUAUACAGUUGUCUCAAUUGGAAGAAAAAAUUAAAUAUCAUGCGAAUCUACAAAGUGAAAUUAAAUCUCGAAAUAGUCGUGUAUCAUCUAUCAUUCAAAUAUGUGAUCGUUUAAAAAAUGAUGGCUGUGAACAAGUACCCUUAAAUUUGGCUAGUGAUCUUGAAAAUCGUUGGCAUCAAGCAUGGCUUAAUUCAGUUGAAAUACAAUGCAAACUUGAAGAACGAUUAAAAUUUUUGAGAACACUUGAACAAUUGAAUGAUUCAUAUUCACACAAUACAAAUCUAUCUCGUAUAUCCGAAAACGAUAAUAUAUUAUCAUCGAAUUCCGAUAGUGAACAAUCGAAUUCCUCCGAUUUAGACGUUAUUCCGUUUCAUUAUACCGAAUACGAAAAAAUUCCUAUUACUGCCGAGGAUAUUUACAUUUCACCAUCAUCUUCUUCAUCAUCUGAUAAACAAUUUCUAUUAGUUAAUAACGUAGACGAUAAUACACAGCUGCCAAUUAGACGUUUUAGUACCGAUAGUCUUGAUCUAACUCAAAAACUGACAAAUCGUAAACGUCGUUCAUCGUCCUCUCUGUUAUUAUUAAAUUCAAAAUCACCACUGGAGCGUCCGUCAUUUUCAAUUCGUUUAAUACGAAAAGCCAAACGCCGUAGUCGAAAUCCACUAACAAAAUCUAUGUCAUCAUCUGAUUCUCCAUCACUUACUGCUACAACUGGAGAAAAUCCUUUAUCAGGUGGUAUUCAUUCGUUAUAUUAUUCAUUAACUAGUAUUGACAAUAGUAAUAAAAGUAGCAGAAGUAGUAGUUGUCACUCAAAUGGUGCAGCAAAUAGAAAAAAGACGUCGUCUAAACUUGAUGUUGGUUACGCAAGUGAUGAUGAUGGGCAAUUAUCGUUAAAACAUGAGGAGAUGAUAAAAACAAGAACAUGCUCGUCGACAUUAGUCAAUUGUCAACCAUCAACAAUUAUGAAUGUCAAUCAGCCGAAUUCAUAUUCAUUGUUAAACGCCCGAAAAGCAUUUAGUGACUAUUCAAUACGUUCAAAAAUUAUUUUAUAUUCACCAUUGCCAACAAUGUCUUUACCUGUUUUUAAUGAACAACAACUAACAUCAUGGAGACAUAGUAUAACAAGUGCAUAUGAUACUUGUUCAAAUACAGGGGAUUUAAGUGCUACAGAAGAAAUACAACAACAACAAAAACAACCGAUAUUGGAUACUAAACAAGAAAAAAACGUCACACUACCGUUAUUAUUAGAUGAUACAAAAGCACAAUCACCACCAUCGUUGUUAAUUUAUGAUAAAAAAUAUACGUGCCUAGAUGAAACAAAAAAUUUAAAACCAACAAUAACGAUAAAAACGAAUAUCCAUAAAAAUAACCAUACAUCACGUUUUCGCAAACGAUUUUUUCGUUCGACUAAAACAAGUAGAUUUAUUCCACAUCGAAUCGUAACAUCAACAGCGGGGAAAGUGGAUGGAGCUGAAACAUCGAGUACAACAUCACCCGAGCAAGACAGUCCAGAACAUAAAGUUCAACAACCGAAAACAGCAAUGAAACAUCGAUGUAUAUCUCAUUCUUAUGAUGCCUCAGCCGAAUAUACAGAUCCUGAGAAAAGUGAAAACGAUGUGGAUUCUGAGUAUGGUGGUGGUAUACAUUCGGAUCAGAAUCAUCGAUACCAACACCAUCAGACAAUAAUUAUUGUCAAUAGUAAUAAUCAGUUGCGCGAGCAAAACUUCUAUAAUCGAUAUACAACAACAAAUAACACAACAACAACUACAACGACCGGUUAUUCGUCAGAUAUUGAACAAACAACAACAGGUGGCUUAAUAUCGGAUGAUGCUUCAAUAAUCAAUGCAAAAGUAUCAACAUUUCAUUCUUCAAUAUCGAAUGAUAAAUUAGUAGAAGAAAUGAUUAUUGAUCAUAAAGUGAUUGAAAAUCGGGCAAAUUCAAAUAUUGAUACAUCAGUAUCGGAAGCUGUUCAACAUGAUCAAGUAUUGAAAUUAAAAACUCGAGAUAGCUGUGAAAAUUCUGAUGUUGGUGAAAUGAUGAAUGCAAUUGAAAAAAGUUCUGCAACCACGGAAGGAUCUGAACCGUGCUGGGAUAAUUAUCAGAAUCCGCUUUAUCGUCUCGAUUGCCUCGAUCACGACUCUAUAGAAUCGACAUUAAGAUGGGAAGAUCAAUUUUUUGAAAUGGAUGAUUGUAGUCAAGAUCAUGAUUAUCUACUAGACAAUAAUUUACCUCGUAGUAAAAUUCAAUUACCAACACAGAAAUUGUACAAGUGUCUUAGUGCACUUAAAAAAGAAAAUAAUUUACCAUUUCAAUAA